CUCUGCAUGCAUACAUGCCUACCACUGCUUUGAGAGAAAAUAAACAUGCAUACAACCUAAUUCUGUUAGUCUUUCUUAGACCAAAUUUUGGAAGUUGACAUUUUGAGUGCUGUGACUUGGAUAUGAUGAGGGAUUGGAGACUGGACCCUUCCCCCAACAGUGCUGUGAACUGGGUGCUUAGGACUUAUUUUCCCAAAGUUCCAGCCCUGAGGAAUAGGUGGGUCUCUUCUUUCCCACUCCUAUCUCAAAGGACUCCCUUGUGUGUGGUAGACUCUUUUCUCUCCAAGCUGGCUCUGGGGACAGAGACUGCAGGACAGGUUUCCUCCAAAAGGUGCAGACAGUGCCUAGAAACAGAGACGCCAAGAAGUCGCGGGAGAAAGAAGCGCCUACUGCGAAAACCUAAAACACCUUCAGAGACUCCCCAGACCUAAGCAGGCUAUGGUACGCAUGCGCAGUUCAACCCCAGGCUUCUUUCAUUGGCGGCGGGAACUUGGCUCUCCAGGGUACCGACGGCGUUUCCUGAGUACCGAUUGGAGCUGACGCAUCAACAAACAAAGCUUCUAUUGGCUAAAUCUUUCGUCUCUCCCAUAUGCCCGCUUCUCAUUGGACCCCCGAAGCCUAUCGUAGCCACUCCGCCCCCUUCUUGGCCAAGACCACUGCGGCAGCCUGGAAUCUGCACGUACAGUGGGGACGGAAGUGAAAGGGUUCCGCCCCCCUCCCCGUCUCUUCCUUGCGUUUUGGGGCCGUAGUCCGUGUGGAGUGGGUGCUGUUGUGUUUCUCAGGGAGCCGCUGAAGCUCGCGUUUGUGACUGUGUGACUGUGUGUCUGUGUGUGUGCGCGCGCUUGCGCGUGCAUUACCCCUAGUCCUCCGGCGCGGCCGGGAUGCUCUGCUCCUGCUGCUGGCACUCAUCAUGGAGACCAAACGAGUCGAGAUUCCCGGCAGCGUCCUGGACGAUCUCUGCAGCCGAUUUAUUUUGCAUAUUCCCAGUGAGGAAAGAGACAAUGCCAUCCGAGUAUGCUUUCAGAUUGAACUUGCCCAUUGGUUUUACUUGGAUUUCUACAUGCAGAACACACCAGGAUUACCUCAGUGUGGGAUAAGAGACUUUGCUAAAGCUGUCUUCAGUCAUUGUCCUUUUUUACUGCCUCAAGGUGAAGAUGUACAGAAAGUUUUAGAUGAAUGGAAGGAAUAUAAAAUGGGAGUACCAACAUAUGGUGCAAUUAUUCUUGAUGAAACACUUGAAAAUGUAUUAUUGGUUCAGGGUUAUCUAGCAAAAUCAGGCUGGGGAUUUCCAAAGGGAAAAGUAAAUAAAGAAGAGGCUCCACAUGACUGUGCUGCAAGAGAGGUCUUUGAAGAAACUGGUUUUGAUAUCAGAGAUUACAUUUGCAAGGAUGAUUACAUUGAACUGAGAAUCAAUGACCAACUAGCUCGUUUGUACAUCAUCCCAGGAAUUCCAAAGGAUACGAAAUUCAAUCCAAAAACCAGAAGAGAGAUUCGGAAUAUUGAUUGGUUCUCAAUUGAAAAAUUACCCUGCCAUAGAAAUGACAUGACCCCAAAGUCAAAACUUGGCUUGGCACCUAACAAGUUCUUCAUGGCCAUUCCAUUUAUCAAACCACUAAGGGAUUGGAUUUCUCGAAGGUUUGGGGAUUCGUCAGACAGUGAUAAUGGAUUUUCCUCAGCUAGUGGAACACCAGCUAAACCUAGUGUGGAGAAAAUGAGUAGAUCUAAAUUUCGCUACAACCAGCAGUUGUUUCCAGAUAGUUCUCCAGGUGACCAGUGGGUGAAGCACAGGCAAUCACAGCAACAGAAGCCAUUCAGUAAUCAUUCUGACAUAUCUGAUCUUUUAAAAACAAAGCAGAAUCAGAAUGUGAGAGGAAAUGGCAGAAAACAGUAUCAAGACUCCCCUAACCAAAAGAAGAGAACAAAUGUAGUUCACAGUCAGCAGCCUAAGCAGCAGAACCACACAUUGAAAUGUGAAAAAAAACUUCAUAUAAGGAAACUACAGGAUAAUUUUGAAACAGAUGCAGUGUAUGAUUUUUCUUUCUCCGGUGAAGACCAGCUACUAGACCAGGUGGAGGGGCAUUCUGUAGCGUGUAAUGGACACUGCAAGUUCAUGUUUUCAUCAAGAGCUUUUUUGAGCUUCAAGUUUGACCACAAUGCCAUAAUGAAGAACUUUGACCUUUGAGAGAAACAAAGAGAUCUGUUGCCAUUGAAUGCUUGUCUCAUUAAGCCUUACCUUUCUCAGGUGACCAAAAAAAUACAGGGAGGCAAUGGUGUUCCUGAAGAGAUUAUUCUCUUUGCAGAAGAAUGGUGUAAAAAUUACUUGCAUUGUAAGUGCAGUAAGGCUUUUAUCCAUAAACUUACCUUUUCAGUGUUCAGCUCUCUAGCUCAGCAUUGUGCUUUAGAGGGCAUUCUUUCUGUGUGACUGAGUAGUUUUGUGUUCUGGGUUAAGAAAUAGCAUCAAUAUUUUACUCACAUCUUAGAAAAGUUUUAUGCAUAGGCAGAUGGCAGAAUUGGAAAGGGAAUACCCUCUUUUCUUUUUGGGGGGGAUUAGAUUGUGCUUAGUGAUUACUGGUCUCUGGUCAUGAUUGGUAAAGCGAUAUCAAAUUCAAGAUCUCAUCAUCUGCUUUGGGGAUAUUUCAUAAAACUUUUCUGCCUCCAAGUGCUUGGGUUGUUGAAAGCCUUAAAAAGGGUUUGUGUUGAAACAUUAUUGGAGUCUGAUAUCUAUGCUUAUAAUGAACUCCUGACUCCUUUUUCUCAAAUCUUUGUAAUGCCAUAGUUUGCACUUCUUUGAGAUUUUAUACUUAGAAAAUAUAAGUUGCAGAGUUCAGUCCAACUUUCUCUUUCUGUAAAGACAAAUGAUCUCCUUUUUCUCAAAUCUUUGUAAUGCCAUAGUUUGCACUUCUUUAAGAUUUUAUACUUAGAAAAUAUAAGUUGCAGAGUUCAGUCCAGCUUUCUCUUUCUGUAAAGACAAAUGAUCUUUACAAAAGAGUAACUGAAUUCGUGAAGGGUAGUAGAGCUAAAGAAGACUUAACUUCUAUACUGCAUGUAGCUGAGCCUUGUGAGGCUUGUGCAGUGAAAGUUGAAGGCCUUGGCACAGGUGCUGCUUUUGUCUCAUCCUCAUCUUAACUCUAACUUUUUAUUCUAGUAUUCCCUUUAGUUUUUUCUUUGCUAUGAUUUUUUUUCUAAAAGUUAAUAUGUAUAUGUACAAAACCAAUAUUAUUGAAUUUUAUGUAAGUAUUACAUCUCAGGGUGGCUGUAUGGAAAUUGGCAUUCCAUUUUCUAAUGGUAGUAAGUGUGCUCUAGAGUUAUAAAAUUAGGCAUACUACAGCCCCUGAAUAAUAGAGGAGAGAGAGCAUCUGUUUCACUUUGACUAUAUGUUUGAUUAGGAAAUAAAAAACUAAUAUUUUGUAAUUUCAUCUCAUUCUUUUAGGAAUAUCUUGUCAUUUCAGGAUUAUUGAAUCACAUCUAAGUACAUAAUACGCAUUUUUAUUGAAUAUUUGGCUUUAAUUGAGGACAAUCACCAGGGAUGAAGGUGCUUUACUAUUUUGUGUCUGACCUCAAAUAUGGCUUUUGUGUAAGAGGGUUGAAGGGAGGGGAGGGAAUGAUGGGGUGUAUGAGUACACGUGUUCAUUCGUGUCCUUGUAUCGUUUUUAAAAACAUUUUAUAUGUGGUAUCCACAAUCCCUACUGCCAAAUCUUAUCAUAGGCACCCUUCAUUCUGUAUACCUAGACCAUUUAAAAGGAAUUCUCUUUAACUAGGUAGAGCUUAAGAUAGGAGCUAUUUCAGUAAUCAUGCAUUGGCAAUUAAAUGGGAAAUUUGUAUUUAUUGAGGAAAGUUUUUGACCUAUUUGGUACUAGGCAGGUAGACAUUCAUUAGCAUUAGUAUAUCUAGUAUUAAGUCAUCUACAUGUCUGUAUCUUUUAAUGUGACAAACUUGUGAACUUCCACUUUGAUAACUAGUUUUAUUUUUUUUAUGCUUUAGAUGAUGUGUUUGGAAACCUUUUCUGUAAUUUUCUUAGAAAUAUUGCUUCUUUGCUUUGGUCUUCAUGAGCCAUAUCACAUAGUUAGUUAUGUAUGAGCAAUAAGAGAAUGAAAUCUUGGUUUGCCCAGAAGACAAAUCAUUUUCGUGUUUUUCAUUGUCCUUCAGAAGCCGUUUUGAUUUUAAAAGUUUUUUAAUGCCUUGGUCAGUUAUUCCUGGUGCCAGUAAUUGGAUUUCCCCAAUCACAAUAUUAAGGCAAAACAGAUCAACAAUUACCAGAAAUGGAUCCUCCUUUAUUCACAGAGUUAGUAAACCUCUAAUACCAUAGUUUUAAUUCCAGUUAAGUAGUAUUGCUUUUGUGCUACUUUGUUUUAAUGUAUCAUGGAACAUAAUAAAGGUGGUAUAAUUAGAGUGGGAUUAUGUUCAUUUUAGUCUUGUAGCUUUCACUAGACAGUUUGGGAUUAAACAUAUGUAAAUUAAAACUAUGAGUUGAAGCUUAGCUGAAGUGAAAUAACUAUGCAGAAUGUGUCUGAGCUGGGUAUACACCAGACAGCACUUUCCCUACUUCCUUGCACUCUAAGUUUACCAGUUUUUCAGAGAUGAGAAUACCCUGGGAAAGGCCAAACUUAGCACAGAAACUGUAUUCUACCUUGAUUUGGAGGAAAAUCCAGUAAGUGACUUCUUUGCAGUGUGUUGCAUUUCAGGAAGUUAGUUGAAAAAUGCUCAGUUGUUGGCUUCAUUUUUUAAAAUGCCUCUGUGAGAGGACUUCUCUUAGUUCACUUUUUGAAUGUUAAAUAAAGUCAGCCUUAUGUGUUCUGAGAUACAGUGCACUGAGAAUAUUUUGCAUUUUUAAAAAAUUGUUUUGUAGGUGCUUUUAAUGUGUAACUUUUAUGAUUUGAAGAUGCUAGAUGAAGUAUUUUAUAUUUAACCAGCAGUUUCCAAAAGGCAGAAGUACCAUUUACAUGCUUUUCUACAAGUCUAUGUGAAGACAUAGCAGCUGAGUGAUUUCUCAAAUGAUGACACAUUUCUGUGAGAGAUGGGCAUUUGAACAGGUGUGAGUGUCUAAUAGAACUAACUGUGAAUAGGUGGGUCCCUUGAGAGUUUGAAGUUUCUGAAAACUAAGGGAAUUGAAUUUUUAAAAAAAUUUAAAUACUUGCGCUUUCUUCUGUAUUAACAAAUGAAUUAUGAUCACUUCCUUAUCUAAGCCUUUGCAAAUAAAGGCUUUUAUUUUUCUAGUAAAUAACAACAGAUAAGUAGUUGAUUUCAAAUUAUGAGAAUCUGUAGCAGAAGUCAUACUAUUUGACAGCAUUGGUAGAGCAUUUUAAAAAAAGAUUUCAGCAAUUUAUAAGUUUGAAUAUAGGUACCUGCAAUCACUUAAGAUUAAUGAGUCCUAUUUAAUUCAGUAUAUUGUGGUUUGAACAGUUUCUUGAAGAGUCCUAGGCUUCAAUGUAGUAUAUGCUAAAAACAUUUUAUCUUCUCCUUCUCUCCCUUGCCUUCCAAUAAACAGACCCAACUCAAUCCCAGACUAACUAGCUUCAUUAUUGUUAAUAAGUACUGCUUACUUAGCUUUUAUAUUAUCACUAUAUAGUAUGAAUUUGAAUUUGGAAAGUAUGGCUGGCAGCUAUCAUGGGUUUAAAUGUGUAAGGUGGGAAGGCCUGACUUGAUAGACUAGGUUUUGUAGAAGAAAUAGGUUGCUUUAGGGCAUUAAGAAAGGAAUUUCAGGAGGCACAUUUAUUUUUAUAGCCAUUAUGGUGGGUACCUCCACAAUGGGAAGCAUUAGUGCCUAUAAGUCCCUUUUAAAGCUAGAUGAUAGUUUAUUCCCCCUUUAAGUACUAGCCCAGUAAAUGUAAUGGUAAAACAUAUGGCCAAUACCCAGGUUUCUUCAGCUCUGAAUAAAAUUAAUUACUGUUAACUAUGGUUGCCAUGUAAUUCAGUCUCCAAGUGAAUCCAGUGGAAGGUAACUUUUUUUUCUUUUAAAGACCAUCACAGUGUUUGGGACUUAGUUCUUUUCUGUGCUGUUAUUAGACCAUUUGAGCCACACUGAAAUACUAGAAUUAAAAUUAAGGUGAGCUUUUAAUUAUUGUGUUAUCCUUCAUAAAGGAAAAUGAUGAUGGGUGCUUUGAGUUAUUUUUAUAGUGAUAGUAAUGGAUUUGUGCCGAACUCUCUACUCCCUUUCAUUCAUUUUCCCUUUCAACAUGUGGCAUUUGUGAAAUAACAGCCUGUAGGAUUCCUAUUUGUGAUCUUGAUUUUAGUCAUAGCUUUUGUAACAGUGAAAGCCACAUUUAGUCUUUUAAUAUGCUGCUGUUUUUUGUGUCUAACAUGCCAUAUCCACUCUGUUGGACACAUUUAGAGUUGUUUUUCUGGUGGUGGUGAUUCCUUUGUACUAAUGUGCUCACAAACACUAUAUUCCCCUUUGGAAUCAAUUUUAUGAUUUUUAAGAAAUGAUUAAAGGGUUAGAAGUGUUGUUAGUGGGCACUGAGUAGGGCAAAGCUACCUGGCCCACAUGGGAAUUCAGCUUAUCCUGGCUUCACUCGAGUUGGUUGGAAUUUUAUAAUCUAUAUAAACAUGAGUAAGAAAAUAUUGGGAUAAUGUUGAGACUUACCUCUAAAAGUCAACACUUGUAGCAGUUACAUUGCAAGGUCCUUACUCUGCACAUCACAAAGAGAAGCUUCUAGAAUUAAGAAAAUGACUAGGGAUUAAAGGAUACGCUGCUUUCUUAUAUCUUUUACGGUUAGCUCAGUGGUUGAGCCUCUAAUUUAGGUAGCAUUGUGGAAAAAAAAAUAUAUGUAAGGCUGGCUGGUGGGGAAAAGUAUUUUAACAGCUGAUAGCACCUUAGGUUACUUUGUUCUGUGGGAGAAUUAAGCCUUGAAUGUAUAUACAUAUAGUUUUUUUUUAAGGUGGGUAGAGGUAAAAGGAGCUCAGGAGAAGGUUCUUAUGUUAUUUUGAUAAACCACUUGUUCAGUGGCAAGGAACAGGUGAGGGAACACUGUUUCCCAGUCAUUUGUUUGUGGACCUGCGAUACCACCUCCACCUUUAGAUUAAAUAAACAUAGUAUUGAUCAUUCUCCUGGAAGAACAAGAUGGAAGCCACAAAUUUCUAGCCAUAAGGAUUAAUGGAUCCUUUUAAAUUCAGUAUGUUGUGAUUUGAAGUCUCUAGAAGAGCUUUAGUGUAAGUGUACAUUAAGAACAUUUUAUCAUCUUCCUUCUUCACUCUCAUCCCCUAACCCCAACAAACAAAAUACAACACAAAUCAAACUUGAGUGGUAUAGAGAAGCGGGUUGUGGAAUGUUGUAUUAUCUUUUCUUCUCCAUAACAUUCUCUUCACUUUAGUCUUCUCUUCAUGUGUUUGUAGCAUACCUGCAGGGAAUUAACCACUCCACCUUGCGCGAAAUGUACUCAUGUAUAUCCCUUACAAGGAGGAAAGACCUGUUGGCCUCUGAAAGCAGGUAGUUUGGUGGAGAAGUCACCCUGCACUAUUGAGUGUUGCAAAGCACAUGGAGAUCAAACUGGUUUAUUUGGGGGGUGUACUAGUGGGGGAAAUCUCAAAAUUUCGAGGUGGGCAGCCUAAUUCUCUUUCCCAGUGGUCAGAUCCUUGGCUAUAUUUUGUGUAUCCAGAACUGAAAAAUGUUAAAAUCUCUUCUUUUCAGAAAAUCUAGGUAACAUUUCCCAAAUUCUGGGGUAGUAUAUUUAUAGUAUAGAAGAAUUUAAUAUUUUAUUAAAUUUUUUUUAAGCAUUGUACAUAUUAGGCUCUAAAGGCUCUAACAACAGUAAACUACAGUGUAAAAACUCAGUGCACACCUGUCUACACUGCUAUUCAUUCCUUAUGCUUGGAAAAAGCAGGUGUCAAACUUGCUGAAUAAUGGAUCAUACUCUUCUAGUAGUGUCAAACUUGCUGAAUAAUGGAUCAUACUCUUCUAGUAGCACCCAACUUUUAUGGUGCUUACACAGAAUUCAAUGACAGAGAGCAGUAUCAGGGUUCAUACGUGAAAAUGAAAUUUAGAAAACUAACUACUGCCAAAUUUGGUCUCUUUGUGUAUGACACUUUUAGAGCAUGUGAAUAGCAGCUGGUAUUUAUCUAUACAGUUCAUGUACUGUCUAUAUGCACUGAUGGGAAAACCACAAAAGACAUGCUUAUAGUUCCUUUUUGUGCAUUCUGCUACUGCUUAAGCAUGUUGUGGUUUUGAUGAGCCCACUGAAAACAAUAUACUGUUGCCUCUCUAGCAUUUAUUUUAUGCUUAUCAUCUGUAUCAUGAAAAAAUAAGCCUCUUAUUGCAUACAUGUUCAGAGAACAGAGUUUUGCAUUUAAUGUUUUGCUGACAUUUAGAUUAAAAUCCGGAAGAAAACAAAUAAGAGGGACCUCUGUGUGCCAGCUCUCCAAAACUGUGAAAGUCUUUUUAAAAUAUAUAUAUAUUUUAAUGCCAUAUUUGUUUGACUCAAAGAAUAGUAACUAAUAAUGGAAGGAAAAUGUGCAAAAAAAAAAUUAGACUAUGUGAUUCUGUUGUAAAGGAUAUAGUUUAUAAGUUUAAGAAAACUGAUGUCAGUUUUAUGAAGUGUAGGCUCAGUCUGGAUCCCACCUAUAAAACGUAACAAGGAGUACCACCAUUCAAGCAUCUAUGAAAUGCAAAUAGAACUUUUACUUCAUCACUAAAGAUAAAUAAAGGUAAGCUGGUCUUAAAACCAAUCAAAGGUUACUUAAAUGGAACCCUAAUUAAUUUUUUUCUGUUCUCUUAUUUUUAGACAUUGGGAUAAAUCAUUUUUGAAGGGGGCAAAUGAAGAUCUUUUAUGAUCAGUGGAAGUUCUUUUCAUCUCUAAAACAAACUAAAGUUGCAGGUUUAGUUUAGAGGGAGAAAUUAAUAAAAUUGGAAUGCUGUGGCAAUGUGGUAACCUAUUCAUGGAAAAACAAUUUUUUUUCUCUAUUCCCCAAGAAUAUGAGAAUAGAUCAGUCUGCAUUUUUUUUAAAAAGGGGCUCCUGUAGUUUUAGAAAAUUGAAAGUGUUGAAGUUGAACUGUGUUCAAUGAAACAUUUCGUUUAGAAACCUAUAAAUGACAACAGAAAGAAAAUGUAUCUAGUGAUUAAACAGUUAAUAAAUGGAGUCUCACUAGUAAGCAUAUAUACAAUCAACAGGGAAGUAAACUGGAUCUUUUAAAGGAAGAGUAAGGCAAGUUUAUAAACUUCAUUCUUUUCCAAUAACAAUUUGGCUUAUACUAAAUUAUUUUGCAUUUAUUUUCUAAUUAAAUUGUAUCAGUGGGUUUUUUGUUUUGUUUUUGUUUUUUUACCACUUUUUAGGUGAGAUCUUUGGAGGAGGGGUAUAUGAAACAGAAUAUUUAAAUGACUCUCUCUAGAACAGUAAUCAAAUUCUUCUAUAUGAUUUUUUUUUGUUACUAGAGGUAUAUUGACCCACCAACACACAGACACCAGAAAAGGAACUAGUGAAACCAGUCAGUUUCAACUUAGAGAGAGGCUGAGUACUGACUGGAAAGUUUUGUUGUUACAUUUAAUCCUUAUAAGUGAUUAAGCCAAGAUCUUAUGAUUGAAUUGUACCUGUGAGGUUUCUCAUUUACCUAAAUCUUAAUGAAAUUUGGUUGCUCUGUGGGAAAGAGACUCAUUGUUGCUUAAAUGUAUUGAGUAGAAAUCUCUCAAAGAUUUGUAAGGAAUCGUGUUAAUGAAACAAGGAUAUUUAACAAUAUGAGAUUUAUUAGAGUCCUAAAAACUACUCCAUACCAUUCAUCUCAACAAAUUUAGCAAAAGCAUGUAUUAAAUUAGUGUAUCCUGAUUAUUUCCUAAGUGUUUUCUUAUGUAAAUAGCACCAAUUCAGAAUUAAAACAUAUUUUCCUAUUUUGUUUAAUGUUUAGUCAUGGAUUUUUUUUAUUUUAAAACAUUUUUUACUGCUGAGUAUUCAAGUAUUACUUUUUUUCUGUAUAAUCAUUACUGUGUUAACUUGGAAAGAACGGAUUACUGUUUGCAGCAUGAUACAUUAAUAAAGUUUUUAGCUUUGGCAAUUUGA